AGAUUCCUUAAGCUACAGUUUCAAGUUCGAGUGUAACAGUUUCUUAGGCUCUUCUUUUCUUUCUCUCCCGUGUGUGAAUGGGAGAGAGAGAGAAGAUAGAACCCAAAUUCCUUCUUUUUCUCUCUUAUCCAUCUUCUGCUUCUUCACAAUCUCUUCUCUCCUCUCCUCUCCUUUCUCUGUUUUCGGCCCUCGAAUGCUGCAUGCAAGUCAACUGAUUCUCCCAGGGAGUCCUACUCGCAUUGAUGCCUUUGAAUUUGAUGAUUAGAACUUCUUGACCUUUAGGUGUUUAGAUCGACCAGGGUUUCUAGUUUUUAUAUCAUACAUACGUUGUUUUUGUUUCUUUUUCAUAAAGGUAGCUAUAUGGGUUCUCUUAGAGGAAACAUUGAAGAGCCUAUCUCUCAGUCAUUACCUAGACAAAACUCUCUCUAUAGCUUAAAGCUCCAUGAGGUUCAAACCCACUUAGGAAGUUCCGCAAAACCAUUAGGAAGCAUGAACCUUGAUGAGCUUCUCAAGAGUGUAUGGUCUGCUGAAGCUAAUCAGCCACCAGAAGCAACAGAGGCAGGGCUCUCUCGUCAAGGAAGCUUGACUUUGCCUCGAGGUCUCAGUAAGAAGACGGUUAACGAGGUUUGGAGAGACAUUCAACAGGACAAGAACGGAAGCAUUGAUAAUCCUCAUGGUGAGAGGAUAGAUAGUAAUAACAAUAAUAAUAAGCAGCCUACACUUGGUGAAAUCACACUUGAGGAUUUGUUGUUGAAAGCUGGUGUAGUAACUGAGGCAAUAGUCCCUCAGAAUGUUGUCAACGUAGCUUCAAAUGGGCAAUGGUUUCAGUAUCCUCAGCAUCAACAUCAAGGGUUUAUGCCAUAUCCGGUUUGUGAGAUGCAAGAAAUGGUUUCUCCAAUGAAUAUGAUGAUGGGUGAUGUACCACAAGCACAUGGGAGGAAAAGAGUGGCUCCAUCAGGAGGAGAUAUUGUGGAGAAGGUUGUGGAGAGGAGGCAGAAGAGGAUGAUCAAGAACAGAGAAUCUGCAGCACGUUCAAGAGCUAGGAAACAGGCUUAUACUCAUGAAUUAGAGAUCAAGGUUUCAAGCUUAGAAGAAGAAAACGAAAAACUUAGGAGGCUAAAGGAGGUGGAGAAGAUCCUGCCAAGCGAACCACCACCGGAUCCUAAGUGGAAGCUCAGGCGAACAAGCUCUGCUUCUUUCUGAUCUUCAAAGACUCCUUUCUUUUCUUUUUUCUUGUUAUUGUUCUUCAUUUGUGUUGUUGGUUCAUAUUAGAGAGAUAGAGAGAGAGACAGCUUUGUUCUUUGUAUAUUAUGUGGAAUUUAUUGACUCAGAACGAUCUCUUAUAUUACAUAGCACAACUGCUUCGUGCUUUUGAGUA